GGAUUAGCCACAACCGUCUGCAGUCCACGGCACACGGAGAGGGAGAGAGUCACUGCCAUUCACCACUCCGCCUCUCCUUUAUUAUUAGCUCCCCUGGAUCUGCCAGCAGCUGCGACUUUGCGCAACCGAAUCUACCCCAGAGCACAAUACGGAUCUCAGGUAAAAAAAACAAUAAGAAUAAUAAUAAUUUAAAAAAAAGGCGCAGGAUUACUGGAGAAGAGCAAUCGAUUCGGAGUAGGUCAGGUAGGACUCGAAGAAUGGCCCUUUAAAUUGAAACCCCGCAUCGUAUAGUAACAUCGCCUCGAUAUAUAUUUUUUUGGGGUGUGUUUUUUUUUUCUCUGUCUCGCGUCCGCAUGUUCAAGACGGCCAAUUACCCGGCGGUGGAUCCCGCUCCCACCAUCAUGCGCGGCGCCUGGCUUUCCACGGGCUGCCGAGAAAACACGCCCGUGGCGGUGGAGAAACCCAAGAAAAAGGCGUUCAGCCUGGUCAAAAUCAUGGCUCUGAGUAACAAGAAGGACCACGGUCAGAAUCCGCACCAGCAGCAGCAGCAGCAGCAGCAUCACCAUCACCACCACCACAACAACAACAACAUGCCUUUCACCAUCCACUGUCAUAUCGGGAAGGAAAUCAAGCACAUUUGCAGCAACUGCAGCCGUGGAAACAACAGGCAGCAGGACGCUGAGGAAGUAGAGCGGCUGUCUGCCAUGCGCUCCGAGUCCCUGGUCUCUGGCACACACACUCCGCCCAUCCGGCAUCGGAGCAAGUUUGCAACUCUUGGAAGGCUCCUCAAGCCCUGGAAGUGGAGAAAGAAGAAGAGUGAAAAGUUUAAGCAGACAUCUGCAGCUUUGGAGAGGAAGAUGUCCUUGCGACAGAGCAGAGAUGAACUCAUCAAGCGAGGGGUUCUGAAGGAGAUCUUUGAAAAAGCUACUGUUGAAUUCCGAUCCUCUAUGGACGGCGGUAUUUGCCCUCAGGAACCCUCUAUUAAGACAUCUAUGGUCCUUCCCACCAAGAAAUCUGUCUCUUUUUCAAGUGAGCAUCAGGAGACCCCAGCCAAGCCCCCACUCUACCACAAGCAGCCUCCUGCCCUGCCUCCAAAGCCUUUCUCUAGGAUCCCAAACCAUAGCACAGAUUCUUGCCAGCCAAUGAAGUUGCCCUGCAUGCCCGGGGCCAAGCACUCCCCGCCCUUGCCUCCGAAGAAAGUGAUGAUCUGCGUGCCUCCAGGCGGGCUGGACUCCUCGCCGUCUCCUUCCCCCAUCCCCCUCAACUCGCUCCCCCCAAAGUGCGCGCCUCCUCAGGGCUUGCCCUCUCACCACGGCACGCUGCUGCCCUCCCAGCUCGCCGGCCUGUCCGGGCUCCACCAGAGCCACGGCCACCCGCUCCAGCUCCAGUACGGCGGCCUGCACGCCCCCAGCCGCAUCAUAGAGGAGCUCAAUAAAACCCUGGCACUAUCCCUGCAGCGCUUUGAAAGCUGUGCUUUACUGGGCAGUGUCCAGUGUGCUCCCCUGGACAGGAGAGAAGUGCCAUCGGUCAUAAUCGACUACGAGGAUGACAAGGAGAAUAUGCCCAACGAGUCGGACUACGAAGACCUGCCCAGCAUGUACAAGGACGAUGACGUGGACGACGACGAGGAGGACGACGAAGACGACGAAGACGAUGACUCCAUAUUUAAAAGUACCCUGGCUAAGAAGGUGCUACGGAAGGAUUCUCUGGCCAUCAAGCUGAGCAAUCGUCCGUCCAAGAGAGAGCUGGAGGAGAAAAACAUUUUGCCUAUGCAGACAGAUGAGGAGAGGCUGGAAUCAAGGCAGCAGAUAGGCACCAAACUCACAAGGCGCCUGAGCCAGAGACCUACAGCCGAGGAACUAGAACAAAGAAACAUCCUCAAACCUCGCAAUGAGCAAGAGGAAAUGGAGGAAAAGAGGGAAAUAAAACGGAGGCUGACGCGAAAGCUGAGCCAGAGGCCCACCGUAGAGGAGCUGAGACAAGCCAAAAUUCUUAUCAGAUUCAGUGACUAUGUAGAGGUGUCUGACGCGCAGGACUAUGACCGCCGAGCGGACAAGCCCUGGACCCGACUCACAGCAGCUGAUAAGGCAGCAAUCAGGAAAGAACUCAACGAUUUUAAGAGCAAUGAGAUGGAAGUUCACGAGUCAAGUCGUCAUUUAACCAGGUUUCACAGACCAUAGUAGACCACAACUGUCUCGAGCAGUCCAGUCUGCUCCUCUGGAGAACCUUAAGUGCUGGACAGUUAAAAAAAAAAAAAAAAAAAAAAAA